GUUAAGGACUUGAUUGUGAGGAAAAUAUUGUUUGGGGCUUAGUAGUGAAAAUUUUGAAACUUAAGGGACUUAAAAGAGGAAAGAAUUUGGAUAAGGAUCGGGUGAUUUUUUUUCUUCCUUCUUUCUUUCUUCAAUCGCGUGUUUCUCUUCUUCUUCUUCUUCUCCCCUGCACUGAACAAGAGCCCCAGCCACCACCGAUGCCCCCACUUGAGAAAUCGAUAAGAGAACUUGAUAUUUUCCUUCCUUUUCUUGUUCAAGAACAAGAUUUAAGCUUGGAAACCUUUCCCCCCUCUACAGAAUUUCGGAUCUGCUUUGCUCUAUCUCUCCCGUCCGUCUGCUGCUCCUGCUUUGUGGGGGCAAAUUGCUCUGGUUUCUGAUUUCCUGAUUUUUCUCCUUCAUUCCCGUCGGCCUUCCCCUAGCUUGCAGCUCUGGUUUUGUUGGCAAAAUUCUGUUACUAUUCACGGCGUGAUUACUGUUCACGGGCACUGUUCAUGGGCACUGUUUACGCACUAAUGGCCAACAAUAGAAGGGUUUAAAUGUUAGUUAUACUGAGAAUGAAAUUGCGAUGUUUGGUCUUAUGGUUGAAUUUUGUGUGAAGCUCAUUGGUUAGGAAAUUUGCAAGGUUGUGUUAAUAAUUCUAGUAACGUCUGAAUGUAUUUAUUUGGAAUAUUAGGUGCUGUUAUGGCUUAGAGCACUGGGAUUGAGUCCUCGGUUUAUGCGAUUGAGGUAAGUAAAUUAUGGUAACACCCUCCGAUUUUAAAGAACAUUUUAGUUUGUUUUUGAAGUGGUGGCGGGACUAAACCUGUUUUAUACAAGUAUGAUCGAUUUGAAAUGAAAUUAUUAUUCUUUUUAUUGAUUUGAGCAUGCCUUUUUGGAGUUUACUUAACUGCCCUGAUGAUUUGGAAAUUAUUUGUGAAUUAUGAUUUUUCCUGUUAACUUCUACUUGUUUUGUCUCCGAUAUGGUCAUGUUAUUCGUGUGCCCGCUAGUGGGAGAUUUAUAAACACUAGCACAUGUCGACAUGUUACUGAUAGAAUCGGUUCGUUUUUGUUAUACUGUUAUCUUGCUAGUGGGAUUAUACACUAGUAAAUCGUGUGCCUGCCAGUGGGAGGUUUAUAACACUGGUCAUGACCUAUAGAGGAGAUGUUUAUUUCGUUUUUGUACUUGUACCUAUUUUUCAUGAUUAUACUGGUUGGCAUGCUAUAAGUUUAAUUAAGAGCUAUCCAUAUUUACUUACUGAGUUAUCUCAUAGUUUUUCCUUGUCCACCAUUUCAGGAAGCGAAGUCAAGGACGAGGAAAAACGAGGGGAGUGACGAGUUAGAAGGCUAGCCAUCCUGUAAUUUGAUAUAGAUUUUAGAUAUAAAUCAUGAUGUUGUAA